CUCUGUUACAGUUUUGAAUAGAGUAUCUCCUGUAAGCCGUACUUUCUCUUGAUAGCUGUGAAGAGUAAUCAGAGUUAACGUUUUUAUAAGAGGAGCCUCUAGAAUGAACUCGCAAGCAGGAUAAAUCUUCUAUUCUCAUGGUUUACAAUGCAUGCUAAUUCUCAUGGUUUACUGUGCAUGCUAAUUCUCAUGGUGUUUCCUGGUUGGUUUAGUUGUAUGAUGAUGCGGAUGCAGGAUUUUGUUAUCCAUUGUGUUGGACUCUUAAGAAAAAGCAAAUGGAAAUGGAAAUAAAAAUAAUGGAGACCAAGAAAAAUUGCCCACGGUAGAUCGAAGGCUGUGAGAGGGAUUGGCAGAUGUUUCGAUAUACUUAGGGGUAGUAUGAUGGGCCAUUUGAAGAAAUUGAGAUUCCAAUACAUGCACUAGCUAAACAAAGUAAGUGUUCAAGUUUCAAAGGGUGUGGUCAUGGCCAUGACAAACGGUAAUAAUGAAUAUGAGAAUGUGGGUUUGGUGAAGCACAAUCAGCAAAAUGCACAUGCAAACAUGGCUUGUUGUACAGCUUCUUCAACUUCCAGCAAUAGCUCAACCAAGAAGCCAAUGCCUCAGAUUACAGUGACCAUGAGGAUUGCAAGGAGGAAAUUUGAAAGGUUUCUCCAAGACGGUACAACCAGAUCUUUCAGUUGGGAGAUCUCCCAUGCAUUUACUUGGAAUAGGCAGACUGUUGAAAGAACUCCAUUUGAAGUUGGUCUUGUGUGUGUGAAAUUUGGGGAACCUGCAAGGGCACAAACACUUCAAUAAACCAUUAUUUGCAUGGGUUAGCUAAUCAAAAAGAACAAAAUGAAAUCCAUUGCAAGUUGGCUUAUUGCCUCCUAGAAAGUGUGAGUGUGGAUUGCUCUCAGAUUGCUAAGCUAUCCAGUGACUAGACUACACUCAAACAGAGGAUUUUUAAAUGCAUGCAACUAGGUGAAUGCAAGAUUAAUAACUAAAUGCAAGAUUGAA